AUGUCUGCCCCCUAUCCCGGCCGCCAAUCUCCCGAACCGGAGCGCCAAUCCGGCGCCCAGCUGAACGACACUCCUGGCACUGGCAGGACAUCUAUGGGCAGCCACCCAUCAUCCGAGGAGACGAAGAAGGCCGCUGAUGAGUUCCAGUCUCACGGUCUGACAAGUAACCCCGUGCACCCGCUGGAAAAGAUUGAGGCGGAUAAGUACGUGAAGGGAAAACAUGAUUAA